UACUAUUUCUCUCAAUAUUCCAAGAAACCAUGUUGAAAGUUCUUAGAUAUAACCCGAUUCGGAAGUUCAAGCACAGCAAGCUCCCACUAAUAAAGACUCUUCCCACAUCGUCCCUGGACCGCACCAUUUCAACUUCUUCUUCCUAAUCCUCUUUUCAAAAUCAGACAUCCAUUUGAAUUCUCGGUCAUCUUCUUCAACAAAACAGAGAAACCAUGAAGCAAAAGAUGGUGGUGAAGGUAAGUAUGAACGGCGACAAGUCUCGCUCCAAGGCUUUGAAGAUCGUUGUGGGUGUAUCAGGCGUAGAAUCCGCAGCUUUAAAGGGAGACGACAAGUGCCAGAUAGAGGUGAUCGGAAACGGAAUUGACGCGGUUCAGUUAACGACUCUGUUGAGAAAAGGCGUGGGAUACACAGAGCUGAUGACCGUGGGUGCCGCCGACGAGAAGAAACCAGAAGAGAAGAAAACAGAGGAAGCUAAGAUGCAGGCUAUGCCGGUUUGGCAUAUGUGGGAAGUUAGCAAUCCUGCCAUUCCAGUUUAUUCCUACCAACAAGAACCCCCUUGCAAUAUCCUCUGAUCUUCUGAUCAUUUACAAGGACGACGACAUCGAGACAAGCCUAGCCUUUUUAUACGUAUAUACAAUUUGAAUCAACUCUUGUGUUUUACUUCUCCUUUUUUUCCCCUUCAACUUCGGGAAAUUUUUUCAGGGGAUUAUUUUGCGGAAUUAUCUUUUGAUAGUAUUUAGUUUGUAAUGAUAAAAGCUUAAUAAUAUAUUAUAUUUAUAAUU